AUGCCAAUGCACGCCAUUGUCACUAUUAAGGAAGAAUGCAACAAACAGAUAUCAUGUGAAGUUGAUAUACGUUAUACUACAGACGUUAAUCAUUGUUUAUAUGAUUAUGGAUUUUUAAAUGUCUGGUAUACCUGCAAAAAGAUUUUAGAUUUUAGUUGUGAUUUUGAAUCAGUCUUGUGUAACUGGUCCCCUGAACAUGACGAGAAUAGAUUUAAGUGGAAACGUGGAAAUCGGAUAGAUUAUUUAUAUACACCCUCUGUCGAUCAUACAAGUGCAUCAACUACAGGUAAAUACGUAUAUAUAUAUGCAGCUGGUUCGAAACUUGAUGACAUUGCAAACCUAGAAAGUGGAGAAAUUGUGGCCGUGGAGCAACAAUGCCUAUCUUUUUGGUACUUUACGACAAAUUCUAGAGACAGUGUUUUCGUAUACCAAAACGAAAAAGAAUUGGUUGAUUUGUCAGAUAAGGAAGAAGAAAAAUGGCAUCAUAUACAAAUUUAUUUGGAAAAGAAUUCAUAUGAUUCGUUCAAGCUUGUUUUUAAAGUGGUACGUGGAAAUGGGUGGAAAAAACAUUAUGGUGCAAUAAGUAUUGACGACAUCUUAAUUGAAAACCAAAAUUGUAAUUCUUUAAUUUUAAACUGCGACUUUGAAAGUAAUUCAUGUGAUUGGAAUAUCGAUGAAUUCAAUAAAUACGUAUGGAAAAGGCAAAAUGGUCAGCCUCCAUUUUAUCACACGGGUCAAACCACUGAUCAUUCAACAGCAUCUGAUAGCGGAAACUAUAUGUAUUUGAGCAGUACCGUGGAUACGAUUGCAUAUCUAGAAUUUCAAAACGUCAAUUUACAUGUAUCCGGGAAUUUUUGUUUGACAUUUUGGUAUCAUAUGUAUCAUGACGAGGAUUAUGAAAUGGAAAGAUUAAAUGUCACUUUUGAUAAUGAACUCGUCUGGACGGAUUAUGCAAACCAAGAUAACAAAUGGAAAAGGGCAAUGAUAGACCUGCAGAAUAGAAUGAAUAUGAGUAUCAAAUUUAUAGGCAUUCUUGGUAGUAAUUGGUGGAACGAUAUCGAUAUAGCUAUAGACGAUAUUUCUUUAGCUGAGGGAACAUGCACAGGGUUAUUUUAUCACGAGGACAAUUGUGUUCAGUUGGACGAAAAAACGCCUGAAGAAACUAAAUGUCCCAAAGGCUAUCUUAACAUUACGAAUUCGCGUUUAUCAUUUGACCCAGAAAAACGGGAAUGUACUAAAAUAUAUGAUCAGACUAAAAAUCAUCUUUUGAAGGAAUGUGAAAACCGUGAUAAUUCACAAAAAUGUGUGUUUGAUUUUUCAACUGAAAAAAGUUCUCAUCCAGGAUGCUAUCAAUUGUAUGAAUUUCAAAUAAUGCAUACAUGUGAAGGGUAA